AUGAAGCUCUUCGUUGCCAGCUUAGCUGCACUUGUUGCGCCGGGCCUCUCUGCCCAGGCGCUGAAAAACAUAGCAAGGUCCGAUCAACAAUUGCCAGGCGGUUACAUCUUUGAAUUUGACAAUGUCAAUGCCAAGACAGCCUUCUUGAGCAGCAUUGCAGGGCUCGCUGAUGUCCAUAUGGAUAUGUCAUAUGGACUCUUUAACGGCCUCUCCAUACAGAUGCGCGAUACAAGUGCAUCAAAUACGGCUUUGGCCAAGCUGCGCUCUAUGCCUGGCGUGGUAAACAUCUGGCCCAUUGUCACCAUGGCCGCUCCUGGGGCAGAAUCGCAAGACUCAGAGGCCACCAAGCCUAGCAAACAAGAGGCUGCUGCGAGCGCUGCCGCCAGUGCUUCCGCAUCGGCAGAUGCUGAUUCGGAUAAGAAGCCCGCAGCAUAUAAUCCUCAUGUCAUGACUCAAGUUGACAAGUUGCACGCAAAGGGUCUCAAAGGCAAAGGUGAAAAGAUUGCCAUCAUUGAUACAGGUAUUGACUACACACAUCCCGCUCUCGGCGGCUGCUUUGGUAAAGGUUGUCACGUUGUCGGUGGCUACGAUCUUGUGGGUGACGCAUUCAGUACCAGCAAGCCACCCAAGCCUGACAACGAUCCCAUGGAUCAGAAUGGCUUCGGCACACGCAUGGCUGGUGUGGUUGCGGCGCAAAAGAACCGCAUUCAAGGCUUUAUUGGUGUCGCCCCAGAUGCUGAGCUGCUGGCUUACAAGAUCACUGGCAUUCUGAGAGAAUCCCGGUCCGAUAUCGUCCUCGCUGCACUCCAUCGUGCCUACGACGACGGCGCCACCAUCAUCAUCUGCAGCUACAGUGUUCUCGGCGGAUGGCCUGAGAUAGCUACGGCCGCUGCAGCAUCGCAGAUUGUUGCCAAGGGCGUGCCGGUCAUUGCAGCGUCAGGGCAGACUAUCAAUACUGCAACACUCUUUGAAAUCGGCGACGUCGCUUCGGGCAAAGGCGUCACGGCAGUGACAAGCUUCGACAACAACCAAAAGUACAAAUUCCUGUUUGGAUCGACAUUUACAGUUGACAAUCAACCCAAGCCUGCCUCGUUCAACUACGGUCUAUCGCAGUCUGCGCUUGACUUCACUCGAGGCGACCCAAUCCAGCUCCCUCUGUAUGCAACAACCCUCCAGCCUGAUGUAUACGAUGAUGCCUGCAAUCCUUUACCCGACAGUACUCCCGACUUGGCAGACAAAUUUGUCCUUAUUCGAGAGGGCGGCUGCUUCUUCCGUCAAAAGGUUGAGAAUUGCUACCGAAAGAAUGCCAAAUACUUUAUCAUUGCCCAGACCCGUGAUGGUCCGAUUUCUAGUGACGACGACACGGGCUAUGUCAACGCCGUAGUGACAAAGGAUAUUGGCCAAAAAUGGGUUGAUCUUCUCAAGGCUGGUAAAAAUGUCACGGUUCGCCUCGAAUCUCCUCGUACAGCCAAUGUUAGCCUCGACCCUAGCCCCAACGACCAAACUGGUGGCUCCGCCAUUGGCGGCUCAUGGGGCCCAACGGUUGAAUUGGAUCUAAAGCCUCAGUUUGGUGCUCCUGGAGGAUGGAUUGUCUCCACGACACCAGGCGGCCAGUACUCCAUCUUGUUUGACCACUACUACUCCGAGGGCUUCGUCGGACAGGCAGCAUCCUAUGCGGCGGGCGUGUUUGCCUUGGUGCGCCAGGCAACGGGUAUUAAGAACCCCAGGCGGAUUGAGAAUAUGUUGUCGUCCACUGCGAAAGCCCAGACCUUCCUGGACUUCUACAACCGCACACAGCCGUUCCUCGCGCCAGUCCCCCAGCAAGGUGCAGGCCUAAUUCAAGCUUACGAUGCCAUCUAUUCAAAACUAGCGAUUGAGCCCACCAGCAUCUCGUUCAAUGACUCUGACCAUACAGCGACAAAGACCAAGAUUACUCUCACCAACAAGGGCGACAAACCGGUGACGUACAAGCUCGGUACAGUCAGCACCAAGUCCGUCUAUGUCGUGUAUGAGGAUGAGCCAAAUGUGCCGUAUCCACCUCCUUUCCCUGAUACAACCUCCAGCUUGACUUUUGGUCAAUCAGAAGUCAAGCUUGGUCCUGGCGAGUCAAAAGACGUCUCUAUUCGCGCAACCGAAGGCAAGUUUGACAAACGCUAUCGCCUACCCGUGUGGUCUGGUUGGAUCACCAUCAACGGCACGGACGCAUCGUCUGCAACAGUACCGUAUAUUGGCAUGGCAGGCUCGCUCCACAAGACUGCCAUCUAUGCCGCCAAUGAGACUAUUGUUAUCCAGCAGAGGCGUACCGUAUUCAAGGAAAACGACACGAUAUCAUUCCCCAACGACUCUCAUUACAAGUACUACGUACGCUGGGGCUCUCAACUACCAUCGCCCAAGGUGGAGUUGGAUCUGUUAUCGGCUGAUACUGGUGCUUUGAUUGGCGCUAUGCCCGGAUAUCCUGCAAAGUUCACUCCUAUUGGUGGCGAUGAUUAUCCUUUUCUGAACGCUACCACAGCAGACGGUAAAGCGGUGCCUGCUGGUCGAUACAAGUUCCGCGUACGUUCUCUGCGCGUAUUUGGGCGGGAGGAUAAGAAGGAAGACUGGGAUAUACUAUAUGGCUAUCCAUUUUACAUUGCGUAUGAUACUGGUACUAGCAAUUAGCGCUGGUAUUGGAAGAGUCUAUUCAAUUCUGCUUCGUCAUUCUAGUGGUAGACAUUGAUACUAAGUAUCUGGUGGAGUGUUUUAAACAUGUAGUUGUUAUUAGUUCAUAUUACCGAGAUGAUAUAUUCCCGCUUCUGACUAAUAAAUAUCUCCCCAAGUACCUAACCCAAGAAAUCGUCUGUUAUUAGAUGGGACAUAUUGUAACGACGUCGCUUGCACAACGUAGGGAUGUUCCAGCCAUUCUAGACUCUUUUUAUUUGUAUUCUAACCGUUUUCCGUAAUACUAAUCGCCCAACUGUUGGGCAAUGGGCUGUUUUUGUACCAAGACGAGAGGUGGGUUUUGCCCGUAACGAUGACGAAAGGCGGAAUCACGUAGCCAUCUGCGCUGAUACAUUCAAUCAAAGUCGCCUAUUGUUUAUUUCCUUGUUGUGCUUUGCGGCUUUCUUGAGAUCUUUCUGAGCUUGUUACGACUAUUUUUUGAUGAAAUCACGCCUAUUGCAAAGCUAGUCUCGUUAAAGUUGUAAAUAUGCGCUUUGUGUAUGCCAUUUUUCGCGAUUGUAUUCUUCACAAGCUUGAACCAGGCUCGAUAUUUAUCUGGAUCUUUGUACUAGACUCUUUGAUAGUCGAUUUGACGUGAUAAACACGUACUAACUUCGGGGUGUCGUUUAAUAAAGCUUGUAAUCUAGUUUCUUCUAACUGGAAUGUCGUG